GCAGAGGAUUACAAGAAAAGGGCAGGGAACCACACAGCCUCUGGUACCCUGUCCUCUUCAGAGGAGGAAGGAGUUGGGGGAGGCCAGCAGCCCCGGCGGAAGAAGCGGCUGCCAGAACAGGCGGAGGGGAGGAGAGAGAGGGGAGAAAGUCUGCUGGCCACCCCCCAGGUACAGGAGGCGGAGAGCAGCAGAGACACACAGCUCCAGGAAUCCCGGAGCAGAGCCACGGCUGGCAUACAGCAGCCUGAAGUGGAUGCAGCCCAGGAAGUCAGAACCAGAACUGCCACACCCGGGGGAGUACUACCAGCAGUACCUGAGCCCACAGGAGGUGGAAAACUUCACAAAGGCGGUGGGAAGGAAGGCUCAGGACUGGAAGGAAGAGGACGGAGAGCAGCCGAAAUAAAGGACUUACAAAGAUGGCAGACCUUAAAUUGGCGUGCUGCAACGUGCAAAGUUUGAAGAGUACCAGGCGAUGCGUCAGCACGCUCCAGUCCCUGGGCACUGUAAAAGCCGACGUGACCUUCCUCCAGGAGUGCAGACUACCACACCUCCGUAACUACCGGAGGUGGGCACGGUGGUGGAAAAAAGACCAGAAGGCGGAGGAGAAGAGUUCGUGCUGACGCAGGGGUGGAUGCUAAUGCUGAUUGGUCUCCAUUCUAACACCCCAUACCAGCGACGACAGCAGUGAGGAAGAAGAAGAUGGCAGCAGCGAGCAGUGCAUCGGCUCGAGGCCCGGGUAUCAAGAACACUGUCAGGCUGACAGUGCGAGACCGGAACGGGGGCACCAGCAUCACCCGAGAGACCGUCAUCCGGAAGGUCUUGAUGGAACGCUGUGGAUUUAUGCCCAACGUCAUCUACUGUGUCCAGGAUUUCGCAGGUUUCUUCGAUGUCACUUUCCGGCAGGCUGCAGGGUGGCAGAAGCUGUAUCAGCAGCUUCAGCUGAAGGGGACAGAGGCGCCGCUGUCUCUGCUGAAAGCACAGGCCCUCUUUACAACGGCAACCCAGCAGGAACGGACAAUCAUGCUCCAGAUGUUCAACCUGUACGUGCCAGUGGUGGACGUCCUUACAUUCCUCGCUCGGUAUGUGGAGAGCGUAGGAACACCAGCGGACGUGAAGGACGGACUGGGAAUCUGGACCAGCAAACAGCAGGUCAAGGUGAAGCUGAGGUUGGAUUCCAACGGCGGCAUCAUCCAGCCCCCCUCCGUCUUCGCCAUCAGAGGGAACCGAGGGUACACGGUGUACGCGGGGCAAUCCAGGGUGUGCCGAAACUGCGGCAAGGCAGGGCACAUCGCAGCCCACUGCAGGGUGUUGAUGUGCAAGAACUGUAAAACUGAAGGCCACCUGACCAAAGACUGCACGCAGGCCAAGUCCUGCAACCUUUGCGGACAGGCUGGCAACCUGUACAGAGACUACCCGAGGCAUGGGGGCACCUACGCACAGGCGACCAGGGAAGGUGCUGGCACUGAAAGGGCCCAGGCAGUUUCGGACGUACCCGCCAGCGCUGCAGACGAGGCACCCGACAGGACGGACGAUGAAACCAGGGAGGAAGGUGCAAGCACCCCAAGACCUGCCACCCCGCUGCAGACCCCCCAGGACCAGGCAAACGACAAGCAGGAGUCCAUGGAGGAGGGGAGAGCUGAGGUGGAAACUGAAUGGAAGGUCGUGAAACGUAAAAAGACCCAAAAGGCCGCGGCCAAGUGACAGAAGGCAGAGGAUUACAAGAAAAGGGCAGGGAACCACACAGCCUCU